CGGGCGCGGCCGGGCGCGGCGCUUCGUGUCGCUGCCGCGCUUCGUGGAGACGCUGGUGGUGGCGGACGAGUCCAUGGCCGACUUCCACGGCGCGGACCUGCAGCACUACGUGCUCACCCUCAUGGCGGUGGCGGCGCGGCUCUACCGCCACCCCAGCCUGCGCAACCCGGUCAGCCUGGCCGUCGUCAAGUUCCUGCGCCUGGGCCGCGACGACAAGGGCCCCAAGGUGACGGGCAACGCGGCGCUCACGCUGCGCAACUUCUGCGCCUGGCAGAAGCGCUGGAACAAGGGCAGCGACAAGCACCCCGAGUACUGGGACACCGCCAUCCUCUUCACCAAGCAGGAUUUGUGCGGUGCCACCACCUGUGACACACUGGGCAUGGCUGAUGUUGGCACUAUGUGCGACCCCAAGCGCAGCUGCUCUGUUAUUGAGGACGACGGGCUCCCUUCUGCCUUCACCACGGCACAUGAACUGGGUCAUGUGUUCAACAUGCCCCAUGACAAUGUGAAGGUUUGUGAGGAGACCUUUGGUAGACUGAAAACCAACCACAUGAUGUCUCCCACCCUCAUACAGAUUGACCGUGCCAACCCCUGGUCAGCCUGCAGCGCUGCCAUCAUCACCGACUUCCUUGACAGUGGGCAUGGGGAUUGCUUGCUGGACCAACCCACCAAGCCCAUCCCUCUGCCAGAGGACCUCCCUGGGGCCAGCUACACCCUCAACCAGCAGUGUGAGCUGGCCUUUGGCAUCGGCUCCAAGCCCUGCCCCUACAUGCAGUAUUGCACCAAGCUGUGGUGCACAGGAAAAGCUCGGGGACAGAUCGUCUGUCAGACACGCCACUUCCCCUGGGCUGACGGCACCAGCUGUGGAGAGGGAAGGUUCUGCAUGAAGGGAGCCUGCGUCGAGAGGCAUAACAUCAGUAAGUACAGGGUGGAUGGCAACUGGGGGAAGUGGUCACCCUAUGGCCAGUGCUCUCGGACCUGUGGUGGAGGAGUCCAGCUGGCCAAGCGCGAAUGCAACAAUCCAGUGCCUGCCAAUGGAGGGAAGUACUGUGAAGGCAUCCGUGUCAAGUACAGGUCCUGCAACCUAGAUCCAUGCUCCGAUUCAGUGCCAGGAAAGAGUUUCCGAGAGGAACAGUGCGAGGCCUUCAAUGGCUACAGCCACAGCACCAACCGGCUCACUGCCUCCGUCUCAUGGGUCCCUAAGUACUCAGGAGUUUCGCCUCGAGACAAAUGCAAGCUCAUAUGCAGGGCUAACGGCACAGGUUACUUCUAUGUGUUGGCUCCUAAGGUGGUAGAUGGGACCCCAUGUGCACCCGACUCCACCUCUGUCUGCGUCCAGGGCAAAUGCAUCAAAGCGGGAUGUGACGGGAAGCUGGGCUCCAAGAAGAAGUUUGACAAAUGCAGCGUGUGUGGAGGAGACAACAAGAGCUGCAAGAAGGUUUCGGGGUUGUUCACAAAGCCCAUGCACGGCUACAACUUUGUGGUGGUCAUUCCAGCAGGAGCCUCCAGCAUUGACAUCAGGCAGCGAGGCUACAAGGGACUGAUUAAUGAUGAUAACUACCUAGCUCUGAAGAAUGGGCAAGGCAAGUAUCUGCUCAAUGGGCACUUCAUUGUCUCGGCUGUGGAGAGGGACCUGAUGGUGAAGGGCAGCGUGCUGCGGUACAGUGGGACAGGCACGGCAGUGGAAAGCCUUCAGUCCUUUAAGCCUAUCCAGGAGCCUCUGACUCUGGAGGUGCUGUCAGUUGGGAAAAUGACUCCCCCCCGGGUGCGUUACUCCUUCUACUUGCCCAGGGAGAGAAAAGAUGACAAGUCCUCAUACAAGAGUGAUGGGAAGAGCCUGCCUGACCUCACCAACAGUGUCCUAAGCCUAUCCAACCGCCUGGACGUGGGCAGGCCGAGUUACAAACGCCCAUCCUACAAGUGGGCAGCUGGAGGCUGGGAGGCCUGUUCUGUCACCUGUGGCAAUGGGCUGCAGAAGCGCUCUGUGGACUGCCGUGACUCCUACGGCCACCUGGCCUCUGAGUGCGAUGCCACCCAGCGGCCUGUUGACAUCAGGAUAUGCGGAGACCCCUGCCCCGCAUGGGAGGCAGGUCCUUGGUCCCCUUGCUCCAAAACCUGUGGCAGAGGCUUCAAGAGGCGCAUGUUGAAGUGCACAGCCCAGGCAGGGCAGCUGUUGUCUCGGGAUCGCUGCAAUCUCAGGAAGAAACCUCAGGAGCUAGACUUCUGUACCCUGAGGCCCUGCUGACCAGGCUGGUGGCACUUCCGAAGGAGGCAUGGUGUCUCUCUGGCUGGAGAUGUGUGGCUGAAGGUUGAACAACAGCUGGGGGAAGGGAGAGGGGGAGCCAUCUGAGGCGAGGGGUCUGCUACAUAGCACAUACCAACAGACAAAGGAUUUGUAUGUGGGGAGAGAGCACGCAUGAGCGAGGGGCUCAGCGUGGUUUUGUGAAACAGGUCACUCGGAGAUGGAGUAGGAUAAACAUCUACCUCGAAGCUGGCAGACUACCCAGACUCCACCACCCUCCACCAGAUGCUGUAGGCACGAGGAGAAAGGAUGAAAGGCAGGGCAAGUCUCCAGGGAUGCUGUCUGGGACUGAACCAAGGACAACAGAGGGUGCUCUUAUAUUGCCAUGGCCCAACCUCCCUCUGCUCUUCCAAGGGUCGCCCCUACCCCCCAACUCCCAGAGCACUAGUACUAGACAGGACCAAGUGGAAUUACCAUUGCAAUGCUGACAAAUGAUAGCGCUUAAUGACCAGUGCAGUGAAACACUGGGGUGUCUCAUGAAUCGAUGCCUUCAGGGCUUGCUAGCAGUGACUGCAGCCUGGACAUGCUGCUGCCCUCCAGACACUUGCAGCGAUGUUUUCAUGCAGGGCUGUAAGUCCUUUUUUAUUGUUCAUGUUUAUGGAUCGAACAAAGUAGAUUCUUAUGGUGCUUAACUCCAUAUUCUUACUCUCCUUCCUCUCAGUCGGUGUGAACCAUGUGUAGCUGAGGCAGUUUUGUCAUUUCCAUUGAUUCCUUUUCUAAGACUAUGACUUUCUAUGGUGCUUCAGGAAGGGUGCGUUGGGGGUGACGCAUCUUCAAUAUAAAACAGGCAUGAAUU